AUGGGGGGAUUUCUAUUCUUCCCUGGCUUCAUCAUGUCUGGAGAAAAGUCUAAAUCUGCUACCCAGACCGACGGCAAGGCCGCCCAGGGGAAGAGAUCUGAGAUGGGCAUGAACGCCUACAAGAUGUGUGUCUUCGACCAGGAGAACUUCCAGGGCCGCUGUAUGGAGAUCACCAAUGAGUGCAUGAACGUGUGUGACAUGGGCAUGGACAGGGUCCGCUCCCUGCGUGUCGACUGCGGGCCUUUCGUGGGUUAUGAGCAGAUGAACUUCUGUGGUGAGAUGUUCAUCCUGGAGAAGGGAGAGUACCCUCGCUGGGACUCCUGGAGCAACUGUCAGAAGAACGACUACCUGCUGUCCUUCAGGCCCGUCCGCAUGGACCCUGAGAAGCACAAGAUCUGCCUGUUCGAGGUUGGAGAGUUCAAGGGUCGUAAGAUGGAGAUCAUGGAUGAUGAUGUUCCCUCUCUGUUCUCCUACGGAUUCACCGAUAGGGUCGGCAGCAUCAUGGUCAGCUGCGGAACCUGGGUGGGUUACCAGUUCCCUGGAUACCGUGGUUCCCAGUACCUCCUGGAGAAGGGUGACUACAAGCACUUCAAUGAGUUCGGCGCCCGUCACCCCCAGUUCCAGUCUGUGAGGCGUAUCCGUGACAUGCAGUGGCACCAGCACGGCUGCUACACCUUGUCCAGCAAGUGA